AUGAACUCACGUUCUGAUAGUAACCUAUCAAUUAAAGACUCGACAUACGUUGUUUCAACUGUCGUAAAAAAUAUAAUGACAGAUUUUCGAAUUUCGAAGCCAAACUUCUUUUCCACACCAAAGAAAGGAGAGAACUAUGAAUUACGAGCAGACCUAAAUAGUGAAUACCGUGACCGAAGAAAAGAUGCUAUUAAAAAAGUCAUUGCAAAUAUGACUGUUGGAAAAGAUGUUUCAGGUUUAUUUCCUGACGUCUUGAAAAAUAUGCAAACGGACGAUUUAGAACAAAAGAAAUUAGUAUACUUAUAUUUAAUGAACUAUGCAAAGACACAACCUGAAUUAGUAAUUUUAGCAGUCAAUACUUUUGUAAAGGAUACGGAUGAUAGUAACCCAUUGAUUCGUGCGCUUGCCAUUCGAACGAUGGGGUGUAUCCGUGUUGAAAAAAUUAUUGAUUAUCUUUGUGAACCCUUGAGGAAGUGUCUAAGAGAUGAGAACCCUUAUGUUCGAAAAACUGCUGCAUUAUGUGUUGCGAAAUUAUAUGAAUUAAAUCCUAACUUAGCAACUGAUAAUGGAUUUGUUUCAGUUGUGCAAGAUAUGGUAUCGGAUGCUAAUCCGAUGGUGGUUGCAAAUGCUAUUACAGCACUGCAAGAAAUAAAUGAAUCUUCCAUCACCAAAGAUGUUUUUAUAAUCAAUGGGCCAACACUUACAAAAUUAUUGGUGGCACUUAAUGAAUGUACAGAGUGGGGUCGGAUAGCUAUUCUUACUGCAUUGGCUGAAUAUAAACCAGCAGACUCUAAAGAAGCUGAACAUAUUGUUGAACGGGUUGUUCCACAAUUUCAGCAUGUAAACGGAAGUGUAGUAUUGUCCGCAAUUAAGGUAAUAAUGAUUUAUAUGAGAACAAUAAAUAAUGAUGAAGCAAUACGGCAAUUAGUUAGAAAAAUGGCCCCUCCUCUUGUUACUUUAUUGGCAUCUGCUCCUGAAGUUCAAUAUGUUGCCCUAAGAAAUAUCAACAUUAUACUACAAAAACGUCCAGAGAUUUUAGCAAAUGAAAUGCGUGUCUUCUUUUGCAAAUAUAAUGAUCCACCAUAUGUCAAACUUGAAAAACUUGAAAUUAUGAUCAAAUUAGCUAAUGAUAGAAAUAUAGACCAAUUAUUAUCGGAAUUAAAAGAAUAUGCUUCUGAAGUUGACGUCGAUUUUGUAAGAAAAUCUGUUCGAGCAAUUGGACAAUGUGCCAUCAAGAUUAGCGAAUCUUCGGAAAGAUGUGUUAAUGUAUUUUCAGGAAGCAAUUGUCGUUAUCAAGGAAUUAUCCCAACAUUAUGUCAAAAUUUGGAUGCAUUAGAUGAACCAGAAGCCAAGGCUUCUUUAAUUUGGAUUAUUGGUGAAUAUGCUGAAAGAAUUGAAAAUGCUGAUGAAUUAAUUAUUACAUUUUUGGAAACAUUCCGUGAUGAAAAUUUUCAGGUUCAAUUACAAUUGAUUACCACAGGCGUCAAACUUUUCCUCAAAAAACCACAAUUAACACAAACCAUCGUACAACGUGUUCUACAAACCGCUACAACCGAAUGUGAUAAUCCUGAUAUUCGUGAUCGUGCAUAUAUUUAUUGGAGAUUAUUAUCAACAGAUCCACAGGCUGCCAAGGCUGUUGUUCUGUCAGAUAAACCUCCGAUAUCCGUUCAAAGUAAUACGAUUUCUAGUUCUUUACUUGAAGAAUUGAUUAGUAAUAUUUCGACUCUUGCCAGCGUAUAUCAUAAACCUCCUGAAACGUUCCUAGGGAAAGGUCGCUUUGGCGCUGAUGCUGUUCAACGACGGGCUAUCGAGGAACAAGAAGAGGCUUCCCGAGAGUCACCGAUCCAGGCUCAAACUAAAACAAAUAUUGAGAAUCUAUUGGAUCUAGAUUUUAGUGAUACUAACACUGUUGUUUCAACUACAACAUCUCCUCCGUCAUCUUCCAAGUCUUUCACGCCAAAUGCCAAUGUGGACGAUUUAUUGGACUUGUUUAAUGACAAUAGCAUAUCUACGCAAUCUACUUCUAAUAAUAAUGGUAAUCAAAAUAAUAGUGUGUCAAAUGAUUUG